GCGUGUAGAACUUCGUUUACAGAAUUGUCUUUAAGAGCCGUUGCGAUACUGGGACACUUUAUCAAAAGCUUAGAGUGAUAUUCAACGUGGAAAGCUGGGACAAUGGAAAUAUCGAAACCCUCGAAAUCUUUUCCAAACAUCUCUGCCGAAGCUAUCCAUUCACCUGUCAAGUCUCCAGAACCUCCAUCGUCAAUCACGAAUGACCCAGAAAAGGGGAUUGUUGUAGCGCCGACACUAUCGUGUCGAGCUCACUCGCCCUCUCUCAAUCCUAUCUUAACAAUCAUCUCCUCUUUCGCCCUUACCCUUUCAACCUGGGGUUUCUACAACAGCACUGGCAUCCUUCUUUCACACCUAUCCGUACAUCUCCUCCCCAAUACCCCACUCCCAAUUCUCUCCCUCAUUCCUGCUCUCAAUAUUCUCUUCACAUUGCUUCUGUUCUUUCCCCUUGGUCCCAUAUACGAUACUUAUGGUCCUCUUCCUCUCCUAAUCCCAGGAUCUCUCAUUUACAUUUUCUCUCUGCUCCUCCUCUCCAUUUGCUCUUCGCUGUUUCAUUUUCUCUUGGUAUACGGGGCUCUAAGCGCCAUAGGCAUGGCGCUUCUCUGUACAGUAGCGAACGCGAUGUUAAAUACCUUUGAAGGAACAGGCUACAGAGGACUAGCGACAGGCAUUGCAUUAGUGGGAAAUCCGACCGGUGGAAUCAUCUUUACGUUUGUAUUUCAAGCUGUGUUGGAAAGCUUGGAAUGGGGCGAUGCUAUGAGAAUCGUGGCUGGCAGUGUGGGAGUGCUGAUUGCAGUGGGAUUUUUGGCUUUCUUGCCUUUUGAGGGAAUGCGGAAAGGGGGGACUCGGAGUGAGUAUGGACACCGGGGGCAGGAUGGAGAUUACGAUGCGAGUACGGCUUCUACCAAUACGAGAAAUGAAGCUCCGUGGUGGAAAUUUUGGCAUGAGAAAAAAGUCGAGGGAGAUUGGAGUUUGUUACGCGAUAGAAGGUUUCUCUGGUGUAUGGCUGGUAUCUCGCUCUUCGAAUUCGUGCUCGUGGGCGCCAUAGGUCUCCUCCCCACAUACGCACUGCAACAGGGAUUUUCAACCUCUGUUUCCUUCAACGUUGUCGCGAUUAUAAACGCCGGUUCCAUCCUCGGGCGUCUCCUCUCCGGCCCGCUCUCCGACCACCUCGGCCCCUACAAUACCGUCCUCCUAUGUCUAAUCUUCAUUUCGCUCCUCGCGAACUUUGCAUUCUUCCUACCGACUUCUCUUCUCUCCCAUAGCUCCUCUUCCACAUCGCUCAUCUUCUUCUACCUCUACGCAUCCCUCUCUGGCCUCGGUUCCGGAGCCGUCAUGAGCGCAGCCCCCCUUUGCAUAGCUGCGCUGUGUCCUUCGCAUGUGUAUGCGAGGUGGUGGGGCGCUAGCCAGGUCGGAGUCGCUAUUGCGUAUGUUUCCCCCUUUCUCUUUCGUAAUUUCCCCUCGCUUCAAUACCCCUCCCAUCUUGAUUCACGAGAACAAAGCCAAAUAUUGACACUCUCCCAACAUAGAUGUUUUCUCAGUGUCCCUCUCGCUUCCAUCAUACUCUCCCGAGUAGCUCCUUCCCUGUUCAUUUCCUUUUUCGGGUUUGUCAUAUUUCUAUCAGGUCUAGCUUUUGCGCUUGCAAGAUGGGAGGUAUUGGGGCGUGGGUGGAUGUGGAAGAUCAGGGUUUGAUUGAUGGAUGUGAAGAAAUCAAAGGAGAGAAACAAAUGAGGGAAGCGAGGAUACAAUGAUACAUAUCAAACAUGUGAUUUUCUGAUAUAUCGGGGUAGGCAAAGAAAAGUGAAGAGAAUCAUACAUCAGACUCCCAUGGUAAUAGAAAGGCAUCA